CCUCCUUUUUUGCCUGUCCUUAUACAUACCAUACCAUACCCCUCUUCAAAUUUUAUUUUAUUUACACCACCAAAAACUUUCCCUGCUCAAUUCCGAAUCACUUAUGAUCUCAUUUUCCAUCUCUUCAUCCUACCUAUAGCCCCCUCGCCCCUACGCCCUGCCAUUUAUAAAUCUACACGCUAGGGUUAGGGUUAACCACCAACUAUAUAUUAAUUGUAUAUAGACACAGCUACCUAGGGCGCUAUAUAUUAUAUUAUAUAUAUACAUACACCUGUCUCUAUAUCCUUCCUGCUUUCUGCUUCCUUUUCGAUCAAAUCAUGAACUGAAAGGAUCCUUCCGUCCAUCUCCGACUGACUUUUCUGCUCUGUGCUGUGCGGAAUCAAGAGGCGGUUAGGGUUUUUUCAAGAUGAAAAAGAGGCAGGUGGUGGUGAAGAGAGAAUACGCCGCAUCUUCUGCGGUGGGGAAUAUUCGAUACGGAGAGUGCCAGAAGAAUCAUGCAGCCAACACCGGAGGUUACGCGGUCGAUGGUUGCAGGGAAUUCAUGGCCAGUGCCGGUGAGGGAACCAGUGCGGCGCUUACCUGUGCGGCUUGCGGCUGCCACAGGAACUUUCACAAGAAGGAAGUACUGCACGGCGUCAACUGAACCGGACCAACCUGGGUCUCGCUCUGUGAUUCAUGAGUGAGUUCAAUACCUUCUUUCUGAUUCUCCUACCCCAUUCCAACCAUCCACAAUCAGAAACCAAAAAAAUAGAGAAACACAAAAUAUAUAUAUUGAAGAGUUUGUGUAUCAAAUUACCUUUUUUUCUUCCUUCUUGCUUCCUUUGGUGUUUGCAAUUAAGUGUUGAUUGCUGAUACAAUAGACAUUGAUUCAUGUGAAAGAAAAUAUUGAACUUAUGGACUUUGUGUUCUUGGAAUAUUUCUCGA